CUUGCCAAUAAUAGACAAAUUAGAUAAAAAAAUUAGAACAUCUUUUUUUUAAGCCCAUUUUACUAUAAAAAGACCUGGUUUUUCAAUUAUUUUGAUAGGGAAGGAAUCACCAUCAUGAGCAAAAAAAAUAAAAAAAACGAGGGGAAACAAAAUGAAAAAAAUGAUAAUUUUUCCAAACUUAUUAAAGAACUUCUUAAAAAAAUUGCCGAAUUGAAAAGUACUGUGGAUACUAUAAAGGAACAAAAUGCCGAAUUGAAUAGUACUGUGGAUACUAUAAAGGAACAAAAUGCCGAAUUGAAUAGUACUGUGGAUACUAUAAAGGAACAAAAUGCCAUUAUCUUAAAGAGUAUUAAAAUAAAAAACAAUGAAAAAAAAGAGAAAAGUACAAAUACAAAUAUAAAUAAGAAAAAAAGACAAGCAAAAAGUAGAAAAGAAAGUAAAGAACCUAUAGUACUUUCAAUCGAACAACAAUCUAUUGUUGAUCUAUUAAAUAAUAAUAAGAUUGCUCAUAAUGCAGAAGUAUUAAUCUCGAAAUACCCGGGAUAUUUACAAAAUUUACAAAGUCAUGAACAACCAUUGGAUCCUAAUACAAAAACUAAAGGAUUGAAUGGUUAUAUGCUCUUCCGAUUAUUUUGUCAAAAAGAAAUAAGAGCUUUCCUCGAAGUAGAGAAACUAGUUAACGAAUCACAAGUCGCCAGUAGUUACAUUCAUAAAGUAUGGUACGAAAUUUAUACCCAACAUAAUAGAAAUUUGUUUUUUGCCUUGGAAAAACCAAGAAGAAACGAAGAAAUUAAUUUUGCCGUCCAAAUUUCUAAUAAUACAACGACUAUAGAACCAAUUGUUGUUGAUAGUGAUGACGAUGAAAAAAUAGAAAAUAGUCAUGAAUUGGGUUCCACAAACGAAUCACAAGACAACGAAACUAGUUCAAAAAGACGAUGUGAUGAAAAUGAAGAAACUCUAGGUCCUCUUCCUUCUCCAAAACGUUCUAAAAAGUCAAUUAAUAAUACUAAUAAACAAAAUCAAAAUACAAAAGAUGAUUCUUCAUCUUACACUGAAGUUAAUGAAAGUAAUCUUUCUGAAAACAUAACAAAUGAAGAUGAUGCAGUUGGAGAACCCAUAGACCUAAGUAAUGUUGUAAAAAAUCUACUCAUUUCUGACUGUCCUAAAAAUGUAUCUCCAGAUAUUGAUUAA